UUUACAACACUAGAGGUUUUUUGUCGUCUCUAGCUUAUCCUACUCCCCGCUUUCCCUUUCUCUUUCUACCCCCGUCUCUCUCUCUUAAUCAAUUGCAGUCCCUGAUCUAGCUUUGAUCCAUUUCUGUUUAUAGUUAUUGCUUCUGCAACUUCUGCCUUUUACCAAAAUACAGAAACAAAAAGAGGAUGAAACCCUCUCUUCACCAGAGCAGGACUCAGAAGUCUCAAAGGAGCUCAUGAUUAGGCCAAAAACCCAGGCAUCCAAAAGGAAGGUGGCUCAUCAGAAGAAUGAAGGGCCUCCUUCUGAUUUCUGGUCAUGGAGGAAAUAUGGGCAAAAACCUAUCAAAGGAUCUCCUUAUCCAAGAGGGUACUACAGGUGCAGUACAUCAAAGGGUUGUUCUGCCAAGAAACAAGUGGAGAGAAGCAAAACUGAUGCUUCUGUGCUCAUAAUCACCUACACUAACAGCCACAACCAUCGAGGUCCUCAUGUGACCUCCACCACUAAAAACCAGAGCCCACCACCAAAAGAAGCCCAAAUGCAAACCAAUAGUGAGGAUGAUGAUCAUGAUCUUACAGCUGAAGUGCCCAAAGAGGAUGAACCAGAGCCUGAGCCAGAUCAAGACGAAGAACAAGAACAAGAAAGGAAGGAAGCAAGUUUGGUUCUGCUGAUGAGACUCCUACCGGUGAAGGAACGGGUGCUGCCCUCUCUUCUAUUUGUUGUAGGGGGCGACUUGUGUUUUACUUCUCAACAUUAGGCAAAAAAAAAAAAAUUGAACUCUCAACGGUGUAAGCAAGUGAGCAACGGUCACAGUUUCAGAUAGGCUUACUGGUUUGCUGAGGUAAAAUGCACUGCAACCACAAUGAAGAGCUAGCAGAUGUCUAACAUAGCCACUAGAGUCAAGUUUGAUGUGCAUAGAUGCAGAGGCCUCCAAAUAACAAGAGAAAACUUGUUAUUUACGUGUCAUAAGGAAGAAUUGGGGAACUUCCAAGCUGAACCGGGCAUUCAUCUCGUUCUGUGCUUCCAUCAACCCUGUCCAUUGCGAUCCAGACCUGAUUUCAAGAUCAAUUAAAUGGAUCCUACUCUCAUUUGCAACAUUUUCGAUCAUGGUUUGUAUUGCCGCGAACUCCAGUACUGGAUGGAAAGGGACUUCUUGGUGGCAUCGAUGAAUGCAAGGUUUGUUCCCAUACCAUGUACAUGUUGAGACAUUUCUUCAUUUCCCUUAGAUGCAUAAAGUCCUGUUUCUUUCUCGAUCCUCUCACCAAGUGCCUUAGCGAAGUAGCACACAACUCUUGGAACAGGUGUGCCUUUGAAGGAUGCAAUCCAUUCACACUGCAGAAGCAAUCUGCUUGCUCUUUCAAAUUGUUGGUACCCUACUUUCUCUGCUGCAGCUAACAGUAAGCGAGCAAGUUCUACAUCGUUCGUUUCUUCUUCGCAAAGACCUGAAAGUGCAUAGACAUGUAAAAGUCUUCAUACCCCUGACUAGAGAAUUGCACAAACCUUGCUCCAGCAACCCUCAUGACCUCUUCAAUUGACAGUUUCUGUUUACCACUAACAACAUCGCUACUGUUUUGAUCAAUUUCUUUGCCUUGAACUACCUUGCUACUUCUUUGUCUUCCCCCCUUCAACCUCUUGAAGGCGCUUCCAUAACUGUUUGGGAGCUCCAGUGUUGCUAGAGAAGAUUGAGGAGGCAGCAAUUUCUUGUUAGUUUCAACAAUGUCUGAGCCUCCUAUAUGGCUGUGUGUAAACCAAGCACCAUCCUCAACUGAUUCUGUACCUUGUCCUGAGGAGAAGGUAAAAUCAAAGCUGCUGAAGUUCUCCAAAUUUGAAGAACUUGAAUUGAAAUGUUGUUGCUGUUGUUGGUAAUGGUGGCGUUGGUGAUCCUUCCCGGCCUUAUUGGAAUGCUAAAAACCAUGUUAAGAAGAAACAGUCUCGAAGUUGAAGUUUGGCUUGGAUUGCUGUUGCUGCUGUUGCUGGUCAAGAUCAUCGUGUUGGCUUUGAUCUUUGGACAAAUGGGAUAUUACUACUCCUUUCUUGGCCUUGUUGUCUUGGCAGAAACCAUGUUCAGAAGAAGGAGCAUUCAUUUCUCCCAACUGAUCUUCUAGACCAAAUAAAUGGUCUACCUUGCGAACAUUUAACAUUAAUGUGUCGUCUUUGUCAUAAUCUUCAAGCUGGGGUGGACUCAAACCGCCUUGGAUUUCGAAAUCAAAUGGUGAGAACGAGAAGAAUGCAUUUGCCAUCUCAAAGAUUAUUCAACAGAUCAAAAGCUAUAGAAGCCAAAUAAUAUACUACUUAAAUGAAUUGCUUUUUCGGAUUAAUAUCCAUGAGUGUAUAUCUGCAUCAACUUGUAUAUAAGAUUGGUUGGUAACAAUGAUCAGUACCGUUAUGGGUCAA